AUGAUCCAGACUGAUCGUCUGUACUCUGCAGACCACUUGUACAUACUUCAGCAGGGUGAGGAUGAACCCCUUCGGGAGUAUGCAGCCCGCUUUAGCCACGAGUACUCUUGUUGCCCAGAGACUGACGAUCGUUUUGCCUUCGGUGCUUUCAAGAGUGGCCUCUGCGAGUCCAACAUCCGGUACCUAGUUCACAGCAACCCUUGGAACACAUAUGUGGAGCUAAUGAAGCAGGUAGCCGUUCAUGCCAAGGCCAAAUAUUUCCACUCCAAGCGUGGCCCAGCCAUCUCUGCACGCAGCACCUUUGGUGAUCCUCCACCUACUUCGGUACCUACCCCAGCCCCACCUCAGCGUUAUAUUCCCGCCAUAGAUAACCAAGGUACCCCGCACUCAAAAAUGAAGGAUAACUACCAGCAUACCUUCAACAGUAGCAAGCGUGGCAAACAUGGCAACCACCACCAGCCCAGCGGAAGCAAUACUCCCAGGACAAGUGAUCGUGCCCCAUUUCCCUUCACACCCAAGCCUAGAUUCAAGGUCUUCACCACCCUCAACACUACCUAUGAGAAUGUCCUAGUGCACGAGGCACCCAUGAUACCCAAGCCUCCCCCCAAGAGACCGUCCAAUAAGCCUAUGCCAAACACAGGUGUCUUCUGCCAUUUCUAUCAGUUCAACGACCACGACACCGAAUCUUGUGUUGCCUUGCGCAACAUCAUUGAAGGGCUUAUUCGUGAGGGGAAGCUGGAUAAAUAUGUGCACAACCUCUCACCCCCACCUAACCCUCACCAAAGUCAGAUCAACAUGAUCUCCAUCAUUAGUGGUGGUCCCACGCUGGCCGGAACCUCUAACAACUCCAUUAAACAUUAUGUCCACUCCACCUAUGCGCACCAGGUCUUCAGCACUGAGUAG